AUGUAUCUGCGAGCGGCCCACGCAGAGUUCAACGUCCCCGCGUUACGCAACUUCAUCAAACAAAACCCUCUGGGUUUAUUCAUCACGGCCGUCUCGUCGGCCAACUUUCCAACCAUCCAAUGCACGCACAUCCCGUGGUUGAUCGACGUCCAGGACGAAUCGAGCGAGGCCGAAUUGGGCAAACUCCGUGGACACAUGGCCAAGGCCAAUCCUCACACAAAGGCAUUGAUCGAAGCAGUACAACAACAAUCUUCUGGCGGUGGCACUCUCGGCGAAGACGUCUCCAUCGUGUUCACGGGUCCGGUCCAUCACUACGUCACACCGAAAUUCUACGUCGAGACGAAACCCAGUACUGGCAAGGUGGUCCCGACUUGGAAUUAUUCUGCCGUACAGGUCUACGGGAAAGCCAAGGUGUAUUGUGAUGACGGCCCGGACACUGGGACGUUUCUCCAGACACAAAUCAGUGACUUGUCGAACCACGCCGAGACAAACGUGAUGGGGUACACGACAAAACCUUGGACCGUGGAUGACGCUCCCACAAGGUACGUCGACAUCCUCAAAAGGAACAUUGUCGGAAUCGAAAUCGAAAUCACCCGGUUGGAGGGCAAGUACAAAAUGAGUCAGGAGCUGGGAAAGGGGGACCGAGAAGGUGUGAUAAGAGGGUUCGAGACCAUAGGGACGGAUGAGGCUUUGUCGAUCGCCAGGACGGUGGAGGAUAGGGGGAACCUGAAAGACGCUCAGGCGCAGGCUCAAAAGGCCAAAGCAUCGGCAUAG